AUGACUGUCGCCCACUCCCUUGUCAGAAAGCACCCUCUACAGCGGCUUCCUAGUCCGUCCAGGGGUUUCUCUGCUCUCGUCCAUCUACUAGGUCUCUCCAGCUUCAUCUGGUCCUUCAAAUACAUGCAUGAGAACCCCAACCGAGCGAACGAAGCCUAUGGCUGGCAUUUCCAGUACCUGACGGUCAUCGGACUGUCCCUGUCCACCGUCACCUUUGCAGUCGGUCUGCUUGCUGAUGUGACCUUGUCGAGCCGACUUUUUCUCCUCAAGAACCUUCUGUCGAUCUGUAGCGUGCCGAUGGAGGUUCUAAUCAGUCAUCGCACGGAUGCAUUCCACUGCUCUUUCUCACAUCUGGCAGACAUCAGCUUCCAUGCGGUCCCGUCCAUUGUCCUCCUGAUCGACCUGCUGCUCCUCUCCCCUCCAUGGACCAUCACCGUUCUGCCCGCGCUGGCGCUGUCGAGCUCCAUCGCGUUCGGCUACUGGUUCUGGAUUGAAUUGUGUUUCGCGCACAAUGGAUGGUACCCGUAUCCGAUCUUUGAACAGGUUCCUUUUGAAGGCCGCGUGGGCCUGUUCGUGCUGAGCGCCGUGGUGAUGGCUCUGAGUACGGCGACGCUGAAGGCGCUCUAUGGCCGCGUGAAUGGAUAUGGGACCCCGGCCCCCGCACAGUCCCGUCCGGGGGCCAUCAAGCAGAACGACUCCCCUCUAUCCCACACAACCGAAUCCACCGUACUGCACGCCGAAGCCGCCGACCCCUCGAACCGCAUCACCAAAGCCGAAGCACGCACCUUCACCAAGCGCUUCGCGCACAUCUUCCGCACAGAGUUCGGCAUCGGCCGCAACGGCCGUGGCCAGGAUGCCGUGCUCUGCAUCUCGUCCAAUCAAGUCCUCCUACCAACAGUGUACUACGGCAUCAUCGCAGCGGGCGGCGUCUUCGCCGCGGCCUCGACCGCCCUGACAGCCAUGGAGCUAGUCCGCCAAAUCCGGCAGUCCAAGAGCCGCGUGCUGGUGACCUGCGCCGAGAACCACGCCAAAACCCUGCAAGCCGCGCAGCAAUGCGCCAUUCCCGCCAGCCGGAUCCUCGUCCUCGAGAGCAUGUCCCACAAACGCGCGCUACGCAGCGCCGCACACCCCGCGCAGAACCACCUCGACCGCGCCGCCGAGCUGGACUGGGAGCGCCUCACCGACCAGCCCACCCUCGAGUCCACCCUCAUCUGCCUGCUGUACUCGAGCGGCACGACCGGCCCGCCCAAGGGCGUGAUGCUGACGCACAUGAACCUGGUGUCGGAGGCGGUGCUGGCGCAGCGCGUGCUGCGCGACUCGCGCGCCGGCCGGCCGGGCCUCACCGUGCCGUACUGCACCGUCGGUCAUCUGCCGACGGCGCACAUCGCCGGCGUGCUGGGGUACUUUGUCACGCCGGCGGUGGCCGGCGGCGCCGUGUACUGGAUGCCGCGGUUUGACAUCGACCGGUUCAUCGAGUACUGCCGCGCGUACCGCGUGACGUAUCUGGCGACGGCGCCGCCGGUGUAUCUGGCCAUUGCGGAGAGCGCGCGGGUGACGGACCACUUCCGCACGCUGGUGCGCGCCGAGUCGGGCGCCGCGCCGCUGAGCAUCGAGGUGCAGCGGCGCGCCGAGAAGAAGCUCGGCUGUGCGAUCAGCCAGCGCUGGGGGCUGACGGAGACCACGGGCAGCGUGACCACCAUGCCGUGGGGGGUCGAGGACCGCACGGGGAGUAUCAGUCCGCUGCUGCCGAAUGUGCGGCUGCGCAUUGUGGAUGGCGAGGGGAGGGAUGUGCCGCAGGGCGCGGAGGGGGAGCUGAUUGUCAAGGGGCCCAUGGUCACGCCUGGGUAUUUUGAGAAUGCAGAGGCUACGGCGGCGGCGUUUACGGAGGAUGGGUGGUUUCGCACGGGGGAUAUUGGGCUGUGGCGGGAUGGGAAGAUCUACAUGGUGGAUCGGAAGAAGGAACUGAUCAAGUACAAGGGCUUGCAGGUGUCGCCGGUGGAGGUCGAGGCGUUCCUGCUCACCCAUGAGGCCGUCGCGGAUGUUGCGGUCAUUGGUGUUGCGGACCCGGCUGCUCCAGGGAAUGAGCUUCCCCGGGCGUAUGUGGUGUGUGAAGACGGGCGACAGGUGACAGAGGAUGAAUUGAAAGAGUACGUCAAGGCGAAUAUGGCGCGGCAUAAGCAGCUGCGCGGCGGCGUGGUGUUUGUGAAGGAGAUUCCAAAGAGCACGUCGGGCAAGAUUCUUCGACGACAGUUGCGGGACCAGGCGAAGGCUGAAGCUGAAGCUGUGCGGGCGAGGUUAUAG